CUUUGGUUUACAAAAUCUUUAGAUUCUUAGCUUUCAACUGCGUUUUCAAAGAGCCCAGCAAUGGAUCUCUUCAUCAUCCUGGUGAUUUGUCUUUCUUGUCUGAUUCUUCUUUCUCUGUGGAACCGAAGCUAUGCCAAAGGGAAGCUUCCACCUGGCCCAACUCCUCUCCCCGUUAUUGGAAAUAUUCUACAGUUAAAUACUAAGAACAUCAGCAAAUCCAUAAGCAUGCUAGCAAAAGAUUAUGGCCCUGUGUUCACUGUUUAUUUUGGCAUGAAGCCCACCGUGGUGUUACAUGGAUACGAAGCAAUUAAGGAAGCACUGAUUGAUCAGGGAGAAGUAUUUUCUGGCCGAGGGAGUUUUCCAGUGAUAGAAAAAAUUACCCAAGGAUUCGCAUCUCCCUGUGAUCCCACUUUUCUUCUGGGUUGUGUUCCCUGCAAUGUCAUCAGCUCCAUCAUUUUCCAGAAUCGUUUUGAUUACAGGGAUCAGAAAUUUCUAACCUUGAUGAAGUAUUUUAAUGAAAACUUUGAAACUGUGAGCAGCCCCUGGAUACAGCUCUACAAUGCUUUCCCCUUUUUACGGGUUCUCCCAGGAAGUCAUAAUGUGAUAUUUAAAAAUUUUGCUCUCCAAAGAAGUUUUAUUUUGGAGAAAGUAAAAGAACAUCAGGAAUCUCUGGACAUCAAUAACCCUCGAGACUUUAUUGACUAUUUUCUGAUUCGAAUGGAAAAGGAAAAACACAAUAAAGAGUCUGAAUUUACCAUGGACAACUUGGUUGCUACUAUAUGGGAUAUGUUUAGUGCAGGAACAGAGACAACAAGCACCACAAUGAGAUAUGGACUGUUGCUCCUGCUGAAGCACCCUGAGAUCUCAGCUAAAGUGCGGGAAGAAAUUGAUCAUGUGGUCGGCAAAAACCGAAGUGUCUGCAUGCAGGACAGAAGCCGGAUGCCCUACACGGAUGCUGUGGUGCAUGAGAUCCAGAGAUAUAUUGACCUCACCCCCACCAGUUUGCCCCAUGCAGUGACUCAAGACAUUCGGUUUAGAGAAUAUCUUAUUCCAAAGGGCACAACAAUCUUAACAGAUCUGACUUCUGUCCUGUACGAUGACAAGGAAUUUCCCAAUCCAGAGAAGUUUGACCCUGGCCACUUCCUGGACGAAAGUGGCAACUUUAAAAAGAGUGAUUAUUUCAUGGCUUUUUCAGCAGGAAAAAGAAUUUGUGCUGGAGAAGGCCUGGCCCGCAUGGAGCUGUUUUUAAUCCUGACCACCAUUUUGCAGAAUUUUACCUUGAAACCUCUGGUUGAUCCAAAGGAUAUUGACACCACCCCAGUUCACAAAGGCUUUGGCACUAUACCACCCUUCUAUGAGCUUUGUUUCAUCCCAGUCUGAUGAAGUGUCUGGCUGCUAGAUUGCAGAGCAAGGCUGUUCAGUCCCAUGUGAAAAAUGCAGAUGUUUCCUUGCCUGUGUGUCAACCAUUAUCUCUCCUAUCUUAAUAGGAAGAAGGCCAUCUCUGAGCCCUAUCUCUUUUGAUUGUAUCCUUCCUUCAAAAUCCAUUCCAAUUUUCCCUGUAUGAAAGAAAAUUUAUUGUUUCAUUUCCAAUAAAAUUAUGUUUGUAACACAAUCUUAAGAUCAUAUGCUACAUUUUAUCUGUAGUCAUAUGAAAUGGAAAGCACCCUAUAAAUGCCAUAUUUUGCUUUGCUACCACAAAUGAGAAAUCAGAAAUUAUUGCGUGAGAUUUUAAAAAAAUGUUGAAAGUAUUAAAACAUGAGCUUUAUUAAUCUCUCACUCCUAUCUACCUGUCUAGGCAAAUGAUCUCUUGACAGAUUAGCUUGUAUACUUUCUUUUUUCCCCCGUGGCUAUUAAAAUAUAAUUACAUGUACAUA